UCUAGUCAUAACGGUAGGGGUACGUUCAUAGAGGCAGUCUUCUCUUCAGAAGUCGCUGGGCCAAGGGCCUGCAGUCAACAUGAGAUAAAUCACAAAAUUGGCAGUUUCACUUGAUUCAAAGGAUUUGAAUGGUAGGGAAAAAUGUCAGAUCCUUCUCUGUCAGCUGAUAAUAUAAGCCAAGCUAUGACGGAACUAUCAGAUGCCUUUGAUUUCUACUUGCGUGAUGAUGCCAGCUCUCUGGGCUCCGACUCUGAGCUGAAUGGCAUGGCUCCCUACCGCAAGACGGAUCGCUACGGCUUUAUUGGAGGAAGUAGCCUCCAGAAUGGUCAAGAUCAUCUUCCUGUUGUGCUCAUCCGACGCCGUGAAACCAAAUGGUUGGAAAUGACAGCUCACUGGGAGAAAACCAUGGCCCGGCGCUACAGGAAGAUAAAGCUGCUGUGCCGAAAAGGAAUCCCUUCCUCUUUACGUGCACGUUGUUGGCCUCUGUUGUGUGGAGGACAAGCCAAAAUGGAGAGGAGCCCUGGAAAGUACCAGGAAUUGCUUGAGGUACCUGGUGAUCCUCAAUGGGUGGAGACUAUCACAAAAGACAUUCACCGCCAAUUCCCCUUCCAUGAGAUGUUCCUGUCUCCUGAAGGUCCUGGACAGCAAGGGCUGUUGCAGCUGCUGAAAGCCUACACUGUGUAUCGGCCCCAAGAAGGUUAUUGUCAAGCUCAAGGACCAGUGGGUGCCCUGCUUCUCAUGCACAUGCCACCAGAGCAAGCAUUCUGGUGCCUGGUACAGAUCUGCGACCACUAUCUGCCUGGUUACUACAGCCCCCAAAUGGAGGCGCUGGUGCUAGACAGUGAAAUUUUUACUGCGCUCCUCCAUCGAGUGUGUCCGAAGGCCUUUAAGCACUUGCAGAAACAUGGGGUGGGCCCUUUGAUGUACAUGCCCGAGUGGUUCCUGUGCCUCUUUGCCCGCACGCUGCCCUUCCCCACAGUGUUGAGAGUCUGGGAUGCCUUCCUGAGUGAAGAGGUGGGGAAAUUUGAGGGCUGUGAGUUGCCCUUAAGCAAAGGAGUAAUGCCUAGGCUCCCAGUCCAUGAUGUGCCCAUCUCAGAGGGUGACCUGGAACGUGAAUGUAGAAUCCAACUGGGAAAACUGUGCCAAACUCAGCCGAAAUUCCAGUACAACCCAAAGCAGCGCCUUUCGGGUGCAAAGGCCAUUUUUGACGUUCAGCAACUGGAGGAUGCGCAGUACAAUAAGACAGGAAAAGAAAUUCACACACAUACUUUCCACAUCCCCAAAAUCAAGGUGGACCCACCCCCAUCGUCCCCAAAGGAGCAGAAGAGGGCCUCGGAGGUGCAAGGUCAGAAAAAAGAGCAGAAAAGGAAGAAGCCGGACACACGGGGAAAGACUUUCCACGCCUUUGAGCAUCCCAAGGGUAGAAGGGAGAGAAAGCUAGAACCAGAAGCCACAAGGACCAAGUCGUCUUUUUACUUGGAGGCAUGAGUCCAAAGCAUGCACACACUGAUCUGGUGGCUAUGCUGGUAGGAAUCCCACCCCUCCACGAUUCUCACUCGGGGCAGAGAAGCAAUGGAACUCUGGGGGAGCAAUCGUGCAGCAUUUUCUCACUGCCCUGCUCCGGUUAACGGAUGAAUUCAGAAGCUUCGACAUAGCUUGAGUUGAAGGCAAUCCUAAAUUUCUAGGAAAAAAAUAAAUAAAAUAGGGGGGUUUUCCUAAUUUUAGAAGCUUCCUCUUUCUGAAGCCUUCAUCUAUAACCCUGUUUGAAUAAGAGGGUUAUAGAUGAAGAGGGAUAGAAUAAGAGAUAGGCAAUCCCAUCCUACAUAUGUUUUGGGAUGUAGAUAGAGCUAUGAGUUAUAGGUGUUUGUGUGUGUGUGUGUG